AUGUAUAACAGUCUUGUAAGUAAAUAAAUUGAUAUAUAUAAACCAGGUUACUUCAAAAGGGUUCUAUAAUCAUCGUUUUUGUUAUACCAGCCAGGAAUAAAAACCUGUUAAAAUAGAAUUUUCAUUUGAAGAGUCAAAACCAAUAAGUCAUUUGAUAAGAAAUAUUUAGCCAAGAAUAAGAUGGUCUUCAGCAAAUUAGCCUAAGUUAAAACUUAAUAAUUUUAAUGAGAGAGGGAAGUAGUUCUAUAUGGAAACUCCAAAAAUGAAUGAUGUAUCUAGAUAAAGUCAAUCAGCAGGAGGUUGUAGACUAAAUACCAAUGAAUUUAGAGCCACUUAUAGUAGAUGGAUUUGUUCACCUUUGUAAUAAGCUUCAAAUACUGAAGAAACUACAAAAGGAUUCUAUACUUUAAAAUAUAUAGGAGAACACAAUUAAUAGAUAGGAGUGCUUACGAAAAAAUUGAGUAUGAUAUCAAGUCCAAAAAAAGUAAAUUAGAGAAUUCGAAGUUACACUCCUUCUAUUGUAAUUAAUAAUUAAUAUAUUGUUAAUAAAUAUGUAAUUCCUAGAAGAUUAGGUGAACAUAAUUGA